UGCCUUGUCUGAGAGCACACAGCCUGGAGAUGAAGAGCAUGCUCCCGACUGUCACACUGUUUGUCCUGGUGGCUGUCCUACAGGCCCAGGAUGACCUGCCCUUCCUCUCAGAAGACAACAAACUGUCAGGUGUCUGGUUUGUAAAGGCCAUGGUGACUCAAAGGAACCUGGCAGAGAAGAGGAAACCUGUGGUAAUGUUCCCUCAUAGAGUGACAUGCCCGGAACAAGGAACCUUGGAGGUCAGGACCACUGUCCUGUAUGAGGGCCAGUGCAUUAAGGUAGGAUUUCGCUUUCAGAGAACAGAGGAGCCUGGUCAAUACACCACCUUUUCGGGUCAGAUGUUCUACUACAUCUAUGAGCUUCCAGUGAAGGACCACUACAUCAUGUACAUGGACAACCUGUCACUUGAGAAAAAAUUCCAAAGGGGACUCCUCAUAGGAAAGUGUCCAGAAGAAAACCUGGAGGCCCUGGAAGAAUUUAAGAAUUUCACACAGCGCAAAGGAUUUCUUCAAGAAAACAUCAUUGUGCCUGAGCAGAGGGUACACAGCAAUGACCUCACUGGACUACUCUUCCUCCAGACCACUGAGCUCCGUUUCCCCUCUCGGAGACCCACUCCUUCCUUGAUUGUUACUCCCCAGUGGACUGCCAUCCUGCUUUAG